ACGAACGCUGCAUUCCGUCAUGUCGAGUUUCGUCCUGGUGUAUCUUGUGAUGAGUUCGAAGUGCGCGUGUGUGUGUUGGAUAUCUCCUGCGGCCGCUGCGGGGUUGGAACUGUGAGGAACAGAAAAAGAAAACUCGGUGAGCAAGUAGAAGAGUCGUAUCGGAGAACACCAGGUAUUCAGAAGUCUUCCAAUCCAGAACAGCCGCCGGCCGGUGUGUCAACAUGACAUCACAUUCUACCUGUGCACGGUCAGCAGCUGAGUGUAUAAGGCCAUCACGGCGCUGAAUCUGACGUCACUCUGGUACCAGAAGGAUUUACUCUGUGGACGUACAUAUACUUGCAACAUGGCCGAGAACGGCACUGCUCGCAAACCCCAGCUGAACGGCGACUCCAAGAUGCCCUCCAGCAAGGCCACAGAGAUCCCGAACGGCAAGUCGCACCCCGACGAUCACCCGAACCACGAACGCGACUAUCUCUGCGGUUUGGGGAGCUUCCGUCCAAAAUGUCUCCAGUUCCUUGCCACGCCGAAGGUGUUCUUCCUCGUCUACAGCAUCAUGGGCAUCCUACAAGGCGCGUACAAGACCUACUUCGUCGGCACUAUGUCCACCAUCGAACGGCGCUUCGGCAUGUCCAGCAAGACCACCGGCGUCAUCUUGAUUGCCGAUAACCUCAGCCCGAUUAUAAUCAAUCUCCUCGCUGGCUACUACGCCAGUCGAAUCAGUCGACCAAAGAUCAUGGCAUUCGGAACGCUCAUAGUGGUUCUUAGCUGUCUUCUGAGCAUCUUGCCCUUCGCGGUCUAUGGUCCAGGACUGCACAUCUUGGAAGGUCCGCCGGAUAAGUUUACCAGGAAGAGGUCGGACGAAGCCCUGCUUUGCUCGUCGGAUCGUGCCGCCGAAGACUGCUCGGCGGCGUCGGCUGUGGCCAGUUACUUGCCGCUGGUGCUGUUCUUUGUGGCGAACUUCUUGAACGGAUUCGGUGGGUCGACUUUCUUCAUCGUCGGGAGCAGUUACAUGGACGACAAUAUAAGGAAAAAGAACUCUCCCAUGUACUUUGGCAUGGGAUUCGCCUUCAGACUGCUCGGACCAGUUCUUGGCUUCCUGACAGCUUCUCUUUGUCUUCGAUUUUACGAAGAUCCUUUUCAUGACCCAGGCAUAACGCAAUCUGACCCUCGGUGGAUCGGAGCUUGGUGGAUGGGUUACAUCAUCUUCGCUAUUGGACUGGCGAUGAUAGCGCUGCCGAUGAUGCUCUUCCCCCGCAUACUUCCUUCGGGUAAGGACUACAAGGUGAACAACCUCAAGAAGAUACCCAAGAACAAAUCGAAGGAGGACCUCAAGGUUGCCGACAAGUCCAAGACAGGGGAAGAAGAGAACCAUUCAGUUAUAAAAGACAUGGCGAUAAUCGUGAAGCGACUGGCAAAGAAUCCCAUCUUCAUGCUGAAGACGGUUGGUCUAGUUUUCAUCCUGAACGCAACCGCGGGUUACGGUACCUCCUUCUCAAAAUACGUCGAGUUCCAAUUCGGACAGACGGCGUCCAAGGCGAGCUUCUAUUCGGGAUCGGCCAAGGUCCUAACCACCAUGAUCGGCAUCCUGGUGGGCGCCGUUGUCAUACACCGCUUUCGGCCGAGGCCUACGGUUCUGGCCGGAUAUUCAGCAGUCGUGGAAGUCGCCUACUUGGUCGGCUUCGUAGCAAUGAUGUUCAUCGGGUGCGACAAUCCAGUCAUAUCGGGUGUGUCUGCCGCUGCGAAUACUACGUCUUCUCUGACAACUGCGUGCAACGUCAACUGCGACUGCACCACUCAAAUUUACGAACCGGUCUGCUCCAGCGACGGGACGACCAGCUUCUUUUCUGCCUGUUACGCUGGUUGCACGUCAGUAGGACUGACGGAAGCAAACAAAACGAUGUACACAGACUGUAGCUGCGUUGGUGCCGAAGCCCAUCUUUCAAGCUCCUUGGUGUCGUCUGUGACGAAGGGACUCUGCGGUCAACACUGCGACAAGUUCAUGCUCUUCCUGGGAGUCAUAAUUGCGGGACAAUUACUGGGAUCUACAGCCAGGACUGGCAGCAUGCUCAUCUAUCUCAGAUGUGUUGAUCCAGUGGACAAGAGUAUGGCACUGGGAGCCACUGCUUCUCUUCUCAAUCUACUAGCCUUCAUCCCGUAUCCACUAGUAUACGGAGCCAUACUGGACUCCUCCUGUAUGAUAUGGGAGGACAAAUGUGGUAACCGUGGCAACUGCUGGGUUUACGACAUCGAAAAGCUGCGCUACAUGCUCCAUCUGGUCACCAUAGGCUUCCUGGCAUUUGGAAGCAUAUGCUACAUCGGCGUCACCUGCUUCAGCAAAAGGAUCGUCAACUUUUAUGAGGACGACUUCGCAGAGUCCACUGAUGACAACGACGCGGCGUCAAAAGUGACUGAAGCUGUGUCCGUGGACAGUGUGAAACAGAGCAUGGAAAGUGUGCACUUUUGAAAGUGUUUUGUGCGACACGUCAGCGACAGAGAGAUGUACGACUAGUCUGACAGCAAAGCUCGUCAAGCAAGGACACCGUGCGCGCUCCAAGUGGCCCGGUGCACGUUCUCCAUCAACGUAGCUGACCACAUUAGAAUAAGACCUGCGCUGUGGUGGCAGUAGAGGCAGGGGCGGAUCUAGGAUUUUUCUGAGGGGUGGGGGUGGGGGUCGCUAUGGACAAGUGCCAGGUGCAAUGCUGGGAUUGGUCCAUUGAACCCUAUGUUCAAGUCUGGAAUUGAGGGGGGGUGUCAGGACAUCCGGAACCCCGUCCCCCCCUCUAAAUCCGCCCCCGAGUAGAACACCAAUCAAUGGAACUAUAGCACUCAUUUGCAGAGAUGCACGGACAGACACUGCAGUAAAAAUUGCCGAGAUUACUGACCAUUAUGGCGCAUGGUCGUAACAGGUAAUGCCACAACAAAGGAACACGAGUAAGACAUAAUGACACAGAAUUUUGUGGGCAAACUUGACACUUUUUGAAGCUGCGGUUUUCAAAAAUGAGCGGCGACAAAAAUUUAUAAGCUUUGCAGGUGACACUUUGCUGAUGACUUUCGUGAACUGGAAAGAGGUGGGUGCCGCAAUCAGGACCUGUGCAGGCGAUUGAGUUAGUGUUUAGUGACUCGACAGCAAACUUGUGUAAGUGAUGUCACUCAUGCAUACAAACUGUAGCUCACCGUCAAAACAAGGAAAAACAAAACUAGAGCCAACUGAUGGUGUAAAUUGGUGACAACGUCGCAACAAACACUAACACAAGUGCCUUCUGUUUGACAUUUGCAUAUUUCCUGCAGACCGUAUAAUCGUUUUUCUGGAGACAAGCGAUUUACCGUCAAGAACAACCCUGUCGUGAUUACAAAGCAUUAGCGAAAAGUGAUGCACGUGAUGCCCUUCUUAUCUCUGAGCACUGCCCGUAGAAGCGUGAAGCCAACUUUAGAAGUCUGUGAUCCUCGGGACCGAGCGCCCUCUGUGGGCGUGUUUGUGCAACUGUGAAUCGUCUGUGACAAUGCUACACGUGCUCAUUUACAAAGUGAAAAAAUGUAGCAUGUUUUGCUUACAAUAUUAUAUAUUUUAAUGUACA